AUGCUCGCCCUGCCCGUGUCGCCGCUCCUCGCAGGCUCGACCUCGACCUCGACGCGCCGACCGUGGCAGCGCUUCACCAAGGACGACCGUGGCCUCGUCGCAGCGGUCGUCGCUGUCGUGCUCCUCAUCUUUAUCGCGUCGGCCUCGCGCCACCCUGCCGUCGCGACGGUCGCCACAGCCGCGACCGCCUCCCUCGGCCGCCUGCCCGACAGCCUCAAGGCGGCACUGCAGCAGCACGGCCAACGCCCAGUCGUGUGGGCCUCGACGCAGCACGGCCUCGUGCAGAAGUUCUUCGACGCGCCGUUCGACGAGCACCGCGCGACCUUCAUCCACGCCGUCGUCCGGAGCGAGAACGACACGUACCGCCGCGAGGACGCCGAGUGGGAUCGCUACGUGUCCGUCCCUGUCCAUGUCGAGAAGCUCCCGUGGUACAACCCGGCGCACCAGAUCAAGUCGACGCCGACGGACUUUGUCUCGCACAUCGAGUGCAGCCACGCCUUUCUCGGCAAGGUGUACGACACGCGCGCGUUCGAGUCGCACGUCGGCUGGGUCUCGUUUGUCGGCUGCCCGCUCCCUCGCGAGCUCGACGCCGUCCUCGACGCCAAUCCGCGCAAGCUCCUCGAGACGACGAUCAAGUGGGUCUACAAGGAGGACAAGGGCUCCUUCAGCAAGACGCUCACGCUCAAGGCGCACCACCCCGAGGCCGAGAGCGAGUUCGGCAUCUGCCUGUCGCCCAUCUGGGGCCACCUCGACGCUCGUGCGACCCUCGAGUGGCGCGAGAACAUGCGCCUGCUCGGCGUCAAGACGGUCCACUGGCACGCGCGCGCGGCCGUCGUCGGCGACUGGGUCGAGCGGUACAACUACGUGACGGGCUCGAGCGACACGUUCAUGUACGCGCCGCCGAUGAGCCUCGAGACGUACGGCCACCGCAACAACAUGGCCGACAACGGGCUUUACGGCGACCAGAUCGUCUACUACAUCUCGUGCAAGUUCCGCUCGCACCAGAAGAACCCGACGCGCUGGCUCGCCCACCUCGACCGCGACGAGGACUUCAUGCCCAAAGUCUUUCCCUCGGCCGCUCUCGCCGCCGCCGACUCGCUCGCCCAGCUCUCGAGCACCCUUCCCGAGCACUUUGCGUCGCUCCCCGAUGAUCUCGGCACGGCGUGCUACGGCAAGAGCUACCACGCCGGCCUGGUCGACGUCUCGAGCCACGUGUCGCCCAAGGUCGCCCACACGCAGCCGCUCGAGCUCGCCUACUACGACCAGGUGAGCGAGCCGUCGCCGAGCGUCAAGUGCAUGCACCGCAUCAAUGCGUACGAGGUCGCCAGCGUUCACUAUGGCGAGCGCUGGUUCCCCGGGUUCCGCUCCGAGCGCUUCGAGAACGGCACCGAGUGGAUGAGCGACGCCGUCCCCUUUCGGUUCCUCCACCAGCUCCCUCGGAACGGGCGCCUCACCCUGCCGGACAACUACACGGCGCCCUACGUGCGCGACGACCUCGAGGCGUACCUCGCGCUCCUGUGGGAGACGAGGGAGGAGACGUGGGACAAGCUCGAGUGGGUGUGCGACCAGAUCCCGUGCCGCUUCGAGGCGGAUGAGGCGUGAGCGAGCGAGCGAGCGAGCGAGGGCGGUCGAGCGGGUUUGAGUAGAUCUGACUCUCGAGUGCUCUUCAUUAUCUUCCU